GGUGCAGGGGCAUCCCCCCUAAGCAGGAGGAGUAUGGGGGGGGGGGGAGUGGAGCAGCUCCCUCCACCUAUCCAGGAUCAUGUGGCUCUAGAAAAGGGAACAAUCAAAUAGCACUGAGUGCCAAAUACACAAUGGACUCGCUAGAUGGGGAUGAAAAAUCACUGCAGUAUGCUGAGGAUAGAUUGCAGUCAGCCUCUGGCUCUGCUCUGGUCUCCCUGUAGUUCUGCAUUCUCCAGCCUCAUCUGGUGGGGAUGUGACCUGUAGUUGUGGUCUCUGCAAGAUUGCAAUUUGCAAGAGAGUUUGUAAGAAGAAGAAUGGAAGAUGCUACCUUGUUGGGAGGGUUGCCACACUGCUCUUUCUCUGGGAGUCCCUGCUUGUGAGUCCACUGCACUUUUGCCAUCUCAUUGAACAUCUCAGGACUCCAGCUUCAGCACCCCAUCUGGUUCCAGCCAGGCACAAAGUAGGGAAGAAGGUGGAGGUGGGCACCUACACUGUCCAGGAACUACAAGAAGAUGAAGUCAAGCUGGGGUGAGGCUGAGACAUGGGACAUAUAACCACUACCAGGGGAGGACCUGCUUCCCCACAAGCAGCUAACUUUCCCCUUAAGGGAAAGGAGACAUCUGGAGAACCCAAAACCCCAACAACCCAAAAGUUUUGCAGGUUGUGACCAGUUCUCCAGGAGUUAUGCAGAACAUCAGGAGCUUCUGCCUCCUUCCUCCCACCCUCCUCAUUCACUGUCUCAUGCUCCCCCUUGCUGGACUCUUACAGGUUGCUCACGCUGAACUCCAGAAGACAUGUUCAAGGUCCACGAUGGAAAAUCCUCCCAGUGGUUGUCAGCAAGCGUGCCAGUGCAGACCCCCUCCGUUACUGCCUCCGCCUCCCCCCCCACCGCCACCGCCAAGACUCCCGGCCCCCAGUGAGUACCCCAUGACCACCAUUAAGAUCCCACAGUGCUGCGUGGAGGAGACCUGGUGGCAUUUCCUGCUCAUCAUCCUGGCAGCCGUCAUCCUCUUCCUAGUGGUUAUUAUGUGCUACAAAGCAAUAAAAAGGAAACCACUCCAUAAAGAUGAAAAUGGUACAACCCGGGCUUCUGAAUAUGCAAUGACCCUCGAAACAGCCUAGACACAAAGUACCAAGUAUCGUGGCCACACAGCCCCCCUCCUCCUGUGCACCCUUAAUUAGGUGUUGAACUUUUGCUUUGGAGGGGGAGAAGAAAACAAAAGUUUAGUCCGGAGGGAAUCUGGCUUAGAAAUGAUCAGCUCUGGCUUGUGUGGAGCGAGGACGUGGAGCCUACAAACUGUCAACCUGUGUUUUGGAAAGAGUACCUCAAUGGCACCCUGACUGCAUGAGUCCGCUCCCUAUACUGACUGCCCAGACAUGGCUCUGGAACCGGCAGAGAGGUCCAGCACGAGGUGGAGAGCAGCAUCUGCAUGCACAGGAUUUUCAAUACCCUGGAAAUACAAACCUUAUUUUAUUUUAUUAUAGGACGGGCCCUAAAUGUAAAAAAUAAAUAAAAAAUCCACAGAAUUGCAUGCACUUAAUAUUAAGGGAACACAGCAGCAGUGUCACUACUAUGCAAUAACCCAAGGCUGGCGUCUUGAAGGCGAGAACCUAAGAAAGGGACAACACAUUAUCUCAUAAUGGGGAAAGAUAUAAGUUAAUGCUGUUAAUGCUGUGCAGGAAGGAAGUGCCAGACAAGCGCUUUCCCAGAAGAAAUUGCCUUCCACUGACCCAGUCGCAUAACCAGUUUGGGUUACAUGUAACAGAAUUGGCGGUUCUUACGCAUGGUGCAUGCACAGUGGGUACAAAGUCACGAUUAGUAACAUUCUAAGGUUCUUGUCUGGCACUACCCGCCUUAUUCCUAUAAAGAAAUGCACAAAAAUUUCCAAAGGGAGCCUGACCUGAUGAUGAGGAGGAAAUGAUACAUAUUCACAGAUGGACUGACUUGCCGCAGGAUGGGUUCAUGAAUUGGCACUCAAUCGGUUAAGGUUCCCCACUGAAGUUUCUUGGUGCUUUGAAAAACGCAGUUUACGUCAAACGUCAUUUCGCUUAUUUGAUUCCACGACCAGAGAGGAGAAAGCAUAGCUACUGCCCCGAUAUGUAAGGGUUAAUAUAAGGGCUAGCGCCCAAUCAGAUGUUGACUUUAAAUUUGGCGAAAAUUACUCCCAAAUACUAAUAAUCCUCAUUGGGUUCUAUGCGCCAGAUUUAAAAAUAAAAAUGGUUCCCCCCUGUAAAUCCACAGCGUUGAUGACCUGGGCCCACGUUCACCUCUGUAAGGGUGGAAUUGGGGGGGAAUCCCAAAUUUCCCAUCAGAUUCGUUCUUCGUGGGACGUCCAAUUGUGUCCAUGAUCAUGUUACAGGUUUAUGGGAUGAGUCAAAAGUCAGGAAUCGCCCACAUAGCUAUGGGCCUUUAGUGGUCUCCAUGUUGGUCCCAUGGGUCAUAGAAAGGGGGCCCUUCUGCUUUGAGUGGCAAAACCGAACACCAUAAUAGGGCCCCAUCUCCAUCAGUUCCAAAUUUACAUAAUUGUUCAGAAUUUUCAGAGACUAUCCCAGUAAAUUCGGCUCGUCCCAGCACCAAAAUGGAUGAGGUUUAUGUAAACCCCACCCAGAAGUGGGUCUUCCCAGGUAGGUUUGGGUGGGCUUAAAGGCACCAAUUUUACCAACAAAAACCUUGACAAGUUUAGUUAUCAUUAGUCAGAUCAUCACUAUGAUAAAACAUUUCCAGAUCCGCUAACCCUCCGCGGGCUCGCCACCUUGAAUACGGGUGCGCAGGCUGCCAUUUUGCUUAGUUUUGGCUCGUCCCAUAGAACAGCUGUCUACCCCUAUUGUGAGCUUUGGCCCUUAGGUACUAAGGCUUGUAGAUCUUCCAUCUUGCUGUAAUAUCAGCACAUGACCAACCGUAUAUCAACUCCAAAAAAUAAUUAAAAAUAAACAUAAAUUUCAAUAAAACAUUAUCGAAACCUGUCACUUUUAGCCACAAAGAACAUAGACUGUGACUGUUACUCUGUGUGGAAUUAGGUUGAAUACCAUCGAAAAACCCCUUCGAUAUGGAUAUCAUAUAUACCGCUCAAGCCUUCAUAGUCCUUCCCGUUCAGCCUCGCUAACGCCGCCCCCCUCCCCCGCAGCCUGAAGUGAUACCCCCCCCCCCCCCGAUCAAUGUGACUUAUCCUUCUGUGUCAUGGACCAAGACUCAUUUUCAUGUAUUCCGCAAUCUUCACAGCUUUAGCGCAGCGAUGAAAAGAUUGUCUUAAUAUGCGUGGAUCCUGGUAGGGUAACUCACUAUACUCAGUCAUAAUAAAUAAAAUAUA